GAAAGAAAAAGAAAGUAACUUUAAAAGUCUGAAUGGCAUUGGCGGUUCAUUAUUCUAAUCCCCUCUGUUUGUUCAGCACUCCCCCAAGGAUUUGGCAAGUUUCAGUCCCACUUUUUGAUUUUUCUACCUCUGCCAAUUUUGUACCAAAGUAUAUUAACAAUGUUUUUGUUCGCUCUUAAAGUUAAAGUAGGUCUCCUCACUCUGCAAACCCACCGCGCCCCUAUUUCUCUCCGUUUCUCCGAUCAUUGGGGGCAACUUUAACUCCGUUUCCCAGCUUUUUUCCUUUUUUUGUUUCUUUUUUUCACUUGAAUCCUGAGCCAUUCUUUCAAUUUCUAUCUCUCACUGCAGCUCCUCUAACUUCAUUCCUUCCUUCACUAAGCCGAGCAUUCUUGCUUGUCUCUCGAGCUCUUCCAUUCACGUGAAAUUCAGACAUUCUUUUGUCGUCUUGUGCACUUCAGUUGUCUGUAUCUGGAUUCUCCAUGAUGGGUUUCUCUUUUGCACCCAAUUGAUUGAUUGCUUCAAACCGAUGGUUGAUUGGGGAAGAUAAUUUUGUGGCUUUCUUGCUAUUUAUGCUUCUGGGGGGAGGGGGGAAGCAUCUGGGGAUUAUGCGGACUACUUUGAUGGUUAUAAAUGUGACCUAGAUUCUGUUUGUUAAUGAUUUGAAAACCCUUUUUACGAUUUGGGUUUAUUGGGUUUAAGAAGUUCACUUGAAAGAAGAUGGUGUUUGGCCUGUUUUUUCAGGUGGGUUUGUUUUGAAGGUUCAUAGGCUUUGAUCUUGCUGUAUAAUGGAGUCGUGGAACUAUGGUUCUCAAGGAAAGGGAUUUUUGUCCGAUGAGAUAAAUUCAACCACUAAUUCACCUCUGAGGAGUAAAUAUUCUUUGUUGGGUUGGGAAUUCAAGAACCCAUGUAACUUUGGGGACAACAUGCUUCUCUCAGGUGCUCAGCAUGUGGAGAAUCAGAGCUUUGGGGAACUGGAAUUUCCUCAAAUGGUUGGGAAACAAUUACCUGAUGAUUCUGUCAGUGAUGUCCUGAAUACCAAAAUUGGUGGAGGGAGAAACUUGAAUCUCGUUUUGCCCACCUCGCAUCCACUUCUUGGAGAAGAGGAGUCCACUUCAAAACUCUCAGGCUCCAUUGUGGACUCUAACAAUCGAGAUUCAUCUUUUAUUGAUUUGAAGCUUGGCAGAUUUAUUGAUCAAGGGGAUGCCCACAGUUCCAAAUACACGAAGAGGGCUGCAAUUUCGUCUUCCACUGAGUCAUCAACUUCUCAGAAGAAAAUGCGAUCUCAAGGGGUGAAUUUCCAGACUGCGUUUUGCCAAGUUUAUGGCUGUAACAAGGAUCUCAGCUCCUCUAAAGACUACCACAAGAGGCAUAAAGUUUGUGACGUUCAUUCUAAGACUGCAAAAGUUAUUGUAAAUGGCAUAGAACAGAGGUUUUGUCAGCAAUGUAGCAGGUUUCAUUUGCUUGCGGAAUUUGAUGAUGGUAAACGCAGCUGUCGUAAGCGUCUUGCAGGCCAUAAUGAACGCCGAAGAAAGCCUCAAGUCAGUUUUCACUCGGGAAGGGCUCAGAGGUUGCUUCAACCAUAUAAUGGUAUUGGAGACAGCAGAUUUCAGGAUAAAACAUUUACUGCAACCUCAUUUAUCUGCAAAGAUAUACUGUCUAGUGGUCUUUAUUAUCCAGAGAAGUUUGGAACAAAUGAUUGGAGUAAGCGUGUAAAAGUUGAGGGCAAGAAUGAUUAUAAUUCUAUGUCUGCAACUUCACUGAACAACAGGCAUCUGAAUAUGAAAUCUCCCUUACUUCCCUAUGAUUUUGAAGUACAGAUUCCUCCUUUUCAAGAUAAUGGAACUAGUACAGCACCUACAGGAAACAUGUCAAGCGAAACAACUUGCCAAUAUUCGCAAAAUGUGGGAGGCCCCCAUAUCGACACACAUCCUUUGUUCCACCACACUACCUUAGCAAGCGAAGACUUUGGAGUUUAUGAUGCAGCAUCAACCAUCCAAGGACUUUCUGGAAUUCCGGACUCUGGUUGUGCUCUCUCUCUUCUGUCAUCUCAAUCACAAAGUGCAUCGAGCCAUCCAUCCAUCGUUCACAUGCCUCGUGCUUUCAUUAUGUCCGAGAGUCAAUCGAAUUACAGCAUGAGUGAACUCUCCGAAAAGCUCAUGGGAGUGAGCUCACAGGCUUCUUCAACUGGGAUUUCGAGUAAGUUCGCCUCGGGGAUGAGUGAAGCUCAAGUGGGUCCUAUACUGACGUGUGAAAGUAGCGAUCGAACUGUCACCUUUCAGAUCCCUGAUGGGGUUCUCCAUAGAUCAGAUUUACCCAAGGCUAAUCUUUCCUAUGAACGCACUCCAACUAUUGACUUGCUACAACUUUCUUCACAGCUCCAGCGAGUGGAACAUCAAAGGCAUUCCAUGCAGGACUCUGCAUAGGAGACGACGACGUGAGGGUCUAGCAAGGAGGUGAACCCAUCACACCCAAGUCAAUGGUACAUUUUGUUAGUCAAGGAGAGAAUAAAUUGUAUAAUCUUCCUAUCUCGUACCUCUAACCUUGUCUUCUGUUGCUGUUGCCAUAAUAUCGAUGCUUUUAUUUUGUGACUAACUAGUCGAAUCCCGAAAAUUUUCGUUGUAAAAUUAGUUCACACAGUUAUUGUAGUUCUCAGGGAUCUGCCCUUUGAUUAAUAUGCAGACAUUUGUGCUAUUUAAGAUUCUCA